AAGACGUGCUGUGAAUUACGAUUUCCGAUGGUCCCCGAAGGCAGCAAUAGAGAAGGAAGGAUCCCUGGCAACGCUGUCACAAAGCUAACGUUAACAUAAGCCGUUGAGCUGCUGAAUGCAUGAGCUCUGCCAACAUGCAAUUCCAUUUUAAUCUAGCCAUCUUCUGUUUUAUCCUUACGUUAUAAGAAGAGCGUUUACUUGUUUAUAAUGGAGUUGUUUAACGAGCCAAGCUAGCCUGACUAGCAUAUUUUCCUCCGUCGUAGCCACAAUCAGUUAAGCUAACCAGAUCGGGUUGUUGUUAGCCGGAGCUCAGUGAAUAUGGCGAUUGUGUCUGGCUCCUGUGCCAGAGUAAACGGGUCUAGAAAUGGGCCGUCUGUGUCUGCUACGCCGUCCGGAACCGUGGGACAAUCUCAGCCCAUGAUAGCGGUAUGGGAAUGGCAGGAUGAUCUCGGGUACUGGAGGCCUUACAGCGGCCAAGUGAGCGCCUACAUCGAGCGGUGUCUGGCUCCGCGGGGCCAGAGAGGAGGAGGACCCGGCUCAACGAGCAUCUGCCUGGGACAAUCAGACCCCAGCCUGUCGCCUUAUCUCAUCGACAUACCGAGCUUGAAACAGUUUCGACAGGACACAGGAAAGACCCGAUCAGUACGGCGCUCCCUGUUUGCCCAGUCCUCAGGCCUGGGUAGUGGUGUUUACUGGGAAUGGGCCAAUGAUGAAGGGGGAUGGACUCCAUACGAGACUCGAACCUCUAUCCUUUUAGAGCACAGCUAUCAGGCCCGACAAGGCACAGCAGACUUGGGCCCACAUGGAUAUAAUUAUAUCGUGGAUCUCACAUCUUUGGCCCAAGUGAACAAAUCCACAGGCUUCAGACGGCAAGUCCGACGGCAGUGCAACCUCCCCUACCCACUGGCCUCCUCUGGCCCCCCAGCCAUCCCCUCUGGCCCUGCUUGCUCUUGCCAGCAGUGUCUGAGCCACAGCAGCACAGGACCCAUGCCCAGCCGUUCACGACAUUCCUUUUCAUCAGGCAGCCUGAACCGGCCCAGCCUGCAAGGGACAGGAAGGGCUGUAGCAGCUCACCCCACUUCUGUCUACUCACCAUACCCCAGGAGACCCCUCUCUGUCGGGGGGAUGUCCUGGGGCAGUCCCUGGCCUCCACCACCCUCUGGUAGUCAACUGCCUCCCCCUCUUCUGAGCAGCUCGACCAGUGCCAACGGGUUAAGUGUUCCUUCCAUCUCUGUGCAGCUGAACGGAUCCACCAGCGUGAGCUCCGCCCUGGCAGGCAUGGCCUCCAUUUUGAUGUCAGCAGUGGGACUCGGCGUGCACUUCACCUCUGCCCCCUUCCCCCAGCAGCAGCAGCAGCAGCAACAACAACAACAGCUACAGCAGCAACAACAGCAGCAGCAACCUGCUCCUUUCUCUCUUCCUCCUCCUCUCCUCCCCCCAGCCAGCAGGUCCAGCAAGCCCCCCAGCAGCAGCAGCAGCAGCAGUUCAGUUAGGAGAGCAAAGAGGCAGCACAGGAGAGCCUCCGCUCAGAGGCCUGAGGAGGUGAUUCAGCGGUACAUGGAGGUGGUGGCUGGAGUACCUGAUGAGGACUGCAUCAUCUGCAUGGAUCAGUUGUCCAACCCGUCCGGCUAUGAGACGGCAUCCACAGAGGAGGGGGGCCAGAGCAUCCUCCCUGAGACUGUGGGCAAAUUUAUCAAAUGUGGACACACCCUGCACAUGCUCUGCAUGCUGGCCAUGUACAACAACGGAACAAAGGACGGCAGCCUGCAAUGCCCCUCAUGUAAGACAAUCUACGGAGAAAAGACUGGCACACAGCCCAAAGGAAAGAUGGAGAUUUACAGCAUCGCCCAAUCCCUGCCAGGACACCCAGACUGUGGAACAAUCCAGAUCAUCUACAGCAUACCGCCUGGUAUACAAGGUCCAGAGCAUCCAAACCCCGGACAGCCGUUCACCUGCAGAGGCUUCCCUCGCUUCUGUUUCCUACCAGACAACGAUAAGGGCAGAAAGGUGCUGGAGCUGCUGAAGGUGGCGUGGAUGCGACGUCUCAUCUUCACCGUGGGAACGUCCAGCACCACCGGUGAGCCCGACACGGUGGUGUGGAACGGCAUCCACCACAAAACAGAGAUGAUGUCCAACCUGUCGGGCCACGGCUACCCCGACCCAAACUACCUGGACAAUGUUCUGUCUGAGCUGGCCUCUCAGGGCGUGACGGAGGACUGCCUCAAAGCUCCAGGCGGCGGUGGAGGCGGUGGCAGCAGCAGCAGCAGCUAGGUCACAGCUCCACACACCUCCUCUCACUGCUGAAUUAACCCUUCAUACUCCACCUGCUGCGGCCAGGUGGACCCCCUGAACCCCCGCUGUUAUUCAGUUAAUGUCAACAUCUGUCCAAACCUCAUCAGGCGGGCAAAAGGGGAAAAUAUGAGCAGAAUAAAGAGCUUCUCUGGAAGAACGCAGGGUGCUUCAUGCUCCACUUCAUUCCUGCUCAUCACAUAUUCCAGGAGACUGAACUCGGAGAAAUAAAUGAGGCUCUUCUUAACUUGCGGCCUCUUUUAUCAGCCCUCCACACACUGGAGAUUUUCUGUUUUUGUUCCAUUUUUUCAUCUGAAGCCUCGUCUGUAUCCCCUCGUCUAGUUUCCAUGAGAAUGGCAGCUUUCAGCGGGGAUAAAAAUCUCAUUAAGCACUUUAGUUGUGACCGUGCAUUUAGCUGACAAGAUGUGUGAUUUUUCUGGUAAAGGGCAGUUAACUCGUUUUUCAAAAUUGGGAAGUUAUGCAAUUAAAGAGGAAAUGUUUGUGUUUAGCACAAAGACACUGUAGCAAAGUGAGUAUAUAAUAGCUGAUUUCAUGAGAAGGGGCAAUACUUUAAUGGUGUACAUAAAUAAAAACAUGAAUGAAACAAAUAUUGUAAAAAUGGAACUGGUUGUGUCCACUAGGUGGAGGGUUUUUUUAACAUUUCGCACCACCUUUAAUUUGAACAUACAUUAUUCCAUAGACUAAUUUGAUGUCUAAAUGCACUCAUUAUGAUUUUUCUGGCAGAAAUUCAUUCUCCGGAUAUUUUUUGUCACUUGAUAUGUUAGUUUGUGUUGCCAUGUAUGUGAGAAGGGACAAGGUUAUCGUAUAUAUCUUGACGACCUCAAACCUUUAGUCAAAACAGACGGGAAGAACCACUGAGAAGAAUAAAUCAAACAAGGAGAAGCUCUGAUUAAGAACAUUUUACAGUGUGACAAUCAAGGUCAUGGAACUCGUCUUGAUUAAACAAGACAAGCUGCAGGGAGCAUGUGGAUGUUCCCGCCGGCUACAAACUCACCUCCUGUAUCCACAUGCAUUACUCUGCUCACAGUACUGCAGCACAGGCGCUGACCUGAGUCUGACAUGUAUACAAGCAAAACUGGGAAAAAAAACGUCUGCAAUAAAGAAAUAAG